AUGGUAACUGCUGUGUUUUGUGUAGUUGGUUGGGGUUCUGCUGCUUCUGCAGACUGUGCUGUUCUUGCUAGGUUGUGUGUGUUUUGCAGCUGGUUGGGUGUAGCUGUGGUUCAGGGUCUGGGUUUGAUGUUGCACUGUUGUUGGGUCUGCAGCCCUUCCGUUAAGCUGGUGCAGACUGAGCACAUUUUGACUGCUGUUGGUUUUGGGCAAAAAUUCUCUUGGAAUCAAAGGCAUUGUCGUUGUGAAAUAUAUUUAACAAUGGAUCAAAAUUGGAUGAACUUCCCUAGAGGGUCAGAAGGUUUUAAAGCUGCUUUGAAUAUUUUUCUUGAUGGUUAUUUUGCAAAGGAUGCUAUUGGAGGACAAACCUUUUGCCCUUGUAAAAAGUAUUCUAGGCGUUUUUGCCAUUCUAGAGACGUCAUUUAUGAUCAUUUGAUUGUUGACGGAUUUGUAAAGGGAUUCAGGGAGUGGGUCGUUCAAAGGGAAGCAUCUUCAUCUACAAGUAACGAUAUGUCUGGAAUUAAUGAUCAAAAUACAUAUGAUGAUAUCGAUGGUUUAUUACAUGAUACUUUUAUUGAGGUGGAAGAAGGUUUAGAUGGAGAUCAAGGUGUUCCAAGUGAGCCAAAUGAGGAGGCUAGAAAGUUUUAUAAGCUAGUAGAAGAAGGGAAGCAAGAGCUUUAUCCGGGUUGUAAAACUUUCUCAAUGUUAUCCUUCAUAAUCCGUUUAUUUCUCUUCCAGGUCCUUAAUGGCUUAAGCAAUGCGGCCUUUGGGGAUCUCUUAGACUUAUUAAGAGAGGCGUUUCCUAUGGCUCGACUUCCAAAAUCCUAUAACGAAUCUAAGAAUAUAAUCAAGGAUUUGGGUCUUGAUUAUAAAAAGAUACAUGCUUGUCCCAACGAUUGCAUUCUUUACAGGAAGGAGUAUGAAGGAGCUGAUGUUUGUCCCAAGUGUGAAACAUCAAGGUGGAAGUCUAAGAACGUCCCUGCAAAGGUUUUGAGGCAUUUUCCUUUGAAGCCUAGACUCCAAAGACUUUUCAUGUGUUCUAAAACAGCUGAGUCAAUGGUUUGGCAUGAUAAAGAGCGAACAAAAGAUGACAAAAUUAGACAUCCAGCAGAUGCACAAUCUUGGAAGGACUUUGAUGAGACGUAUCCUGACUUUAAAAAGGAACCAAGAAAUGUUCGACUAGCUCUUGCCAGCGAUGGAUUUAAUCCAUUUCGAACUAUGAGUGUUGCUCAUAGCACAUGGCCUGUUGUGUUGAUUAAUUAUAACCUUCCACCCUGGUUUUCUAUGAAACCUGAAUAUUUUAUGCUGUCUUUGUUAAUUUCGGGCCCUAAGUCUCCUGGAAAUGACAUAGAUGUUUAUUUGCAACCGUUGAUUGAUGAACUGAAGGAAUUAUGGGAGUAUGGGGUUGAGACAUAUGAUGCAUUUAAAAAGCAAUCAUUUCAAUUGCAUGCUGCUUUAAUGGGGACGAUAAAUGAUUUCCCGGCUUACGCUAUGUUAUCUGGAUGGUCUACUAAAGGAAAUUAUGCAUGUCCUAAUUGUAACCAUGAUGUGACACCGAAAUAUUUGCCUCACAGCAAAAAAAAUUGUUAUAUGGACACCCGUAGGCUUCUUGAUGCAAGUCAUCCAUGGCGAAAGGAUAAGAAAUCAUUUAAUGGAGAAACAGAGGAUAGGUGUGGACCUUCUCCGUUAUCAGGCACUGACCUAGUAAAUGAGUUAGAGAACUUUGUAAAUGAUUUCGGGAAACCAAAGAAAGGUGGAGGAAGUAAAGGUCCAUGGAAAAAGAAACCAGCUUUUCUUCAAUUGUCAUAUUGGCCUAAUAUCAAAUGUCGUCAUAAUCUUGACGUCAUGCAUAUUGAGAAAAAUGUUUUUGACAAUAUUGUUGGCACGUUGUUAGACAUUCCAGGAAAGUCUAAGGACCACAACAAUGCGCGUCUUGAUUUAGUGGCCCUUGGCCUAAAGCCACAUCUCCACCCUUAUCUUUCUGAUGAUGGCAACCACAUGUUAUUUCCACCGGCACCUUAUACAAUGGGUAAUGAAGAGAAGGAUUUGUUCCUUAAAGUUAUUAAAGAAACAAAGUUACCUUCUGGGUAUGCAUCGAAUAUAGGGAGAUGUGUACAAGUUAAAGAAAGAAAGUUUGCUGGUUACAAAACUCAUGAUGCACACGUUGUGCUUCAUCACUUGCUUCAAGUUGCUGUUAGAAAAACAUUGCCAAAAACUGUAGCAGUACCUUUGAUUAGAUUGGGUAAUUUUUUUCGGGGUAUAUGUAGUAAAAUUGUCGAUCUUAAAGAAUUAGACAGAUUAGCAUCUGAAGUGGUUGAUGUAAUUUGUCAAUUUGAAAUGAUAUUUCCUCCUGCUUUCUUUGAUAUUAUGAUGCAUUUACCCGUUCAUUUAGUAGAGGAAAUCAAAUUUGGUGGACCUGUGCAAUAUCGAUGGAUGUACUUUAUUGAGAGGUAUCUUGGUAGGUUGAAGUCAUAUGUCCGAAAUAGGAGUAACCCCGAAGGAAGCACAGCAGAAGGGUAUAUGAUGGAAGAAUGCUUGACUUUUAUUUCUCGAUAUUUACGUGAAGGUGUAAACACUAGACUGGACAGAAGAUGUGCUAGGAAUUUCGGGGUGGCUGAUAGGGAUGAGGAAUCAUCUAUUUUUCCUAAGAUAGGAUAUCCUCCUGGAGGAAAAGGGAAAAGAAAAGGGAGAGAUUUACUUUGGAUUUUCAAAGAAAAGGUUCAAAUGGAACAAGUUAAUGGUGACAUUUUUUGGUUGUCUAAGGGUCCUAAUCCUAAGGCCAGGAGGUACACUGGAUAUUGUAUUAAUGGUUAUAAGUUUUACACAAGAGAGCGCGACUCAAGAGUAAAGACGCAAAACAGCGGAGUCACUUUAACAGCCUUCACUUCAAGUUUUGCUAGCUCAAGGGACCGAAAUCCUGUAGAUGGAGAUGUUACCUACUAUGGUGUUAUAGAAGAAAUUAUUGAAUUAGACUUUUGGUCUCAAUUCAGUGUUGUGUUAUUUAAGUGUGAUUGGUUCCUUGGUGAUAUCGAUGAGUGUGGGCUUACAUAUGUCAAUUUCAAGAAGAAAUGUUCCAAAGAUGAUCCUUUUGUAUUGGCUUCUCAAGUUCAACAAGUUUACUUCUCCCAAGAUCCAGUUGAAAAUGAUAUUCAGUAUGUUAUGCAGGAUGUUCCAAGAGAUCUUUUUGAUUUUGAGGAAGAGCUUAAUAAGGAAACAUAUUGGGAGGAUCCUGUUGAUUUCAAUUGUAAUGGCAUGCCUCAUGUUGAUGCAAAUGAUAUUCAUGCAAGAGCCGGUGGUGAAGUACGAUCUAUAAACAUAAGUGAUUUGUUAGAUGUUCCGGCCGAGCCUGAAGUUGACUCUGACCAUGAUGAUACGGAUUGGGAUUGGAUGCUUGCUAUUGAGGAUAUCCCGAUUCCUGAGUCAUAG